UAAAAGCCCACGAACUCCCACAUGCGUUACUGUGAAAAGUGGAAGAGGGGAAAAAGAUCACGUGAAAUGAAGUUGGGGUCCGAACCUGACUUUCUACCACAAGAGGAUUUGAAGCCACCUUCUUUCCUAACUAUUAUUUCACCCUGAGAUUUCCCUACCGCGAACGAUUCAAAUAGUACGACGAUCAAAUACGAUACCACAUCAUUUGAGCGACGCGGUUGCUGCGGAUUUUGACCAGGACCGGGCAUUUUCAAGAUGGACCACGAGGAGGGAAUGCGGUUUGCGCUCACAAUCACCCGUAAGGCUGAUAAUAGCCUCCAUUUCAAUCCUCCUCCUGAAUCCAAGGGAUUUGCCAAUGCCCUUAGUUACCAUUUCACCGAGAAUGAGUCUCUCGAGGAGAAGAAGAAACUUGCGAUCGCACACGCUGUCGCUGUAGAGGAGCGCCGAGAAGUUCAAAAGCCCUUCUUCUUCUUUACUUCAGAACUUGGGUCUCUCGGGUUCAUAGGGACUCAGGGGUCCCAGAAUUUCCAACAACCGCCUGAGCAAGAAUCGUACUCAUACUCACCCAACAAUCACCUUACCCCGCCUUCAGACCCACCACAUAGACGUUCCCUCCAGGAGCGAAACAGACCUCAAAUUUCUCCGACCGGACAGCCAAAGAGACCCAACUCAACGUCAGGACUUGGUAACACCCAAGGGCCGCCUGGGUCUGGCGUGUGGAAGCCAGAAGGAAGUUUUGCUAUCAAAAAGGGCAGAAAAGGAAAACUCACUGAUGCACAAAGAGAGAGUGCGAAAAGGAACAGACUUACUAAGUCUGUAUGUGAGAAACAUAGGAAAGCUCGAACCAAAGUAUGUCUUCAACGAUUCAGAACUCAGAUAUGAGAAGUGGGACAGAAAGUCUGCUAAUAAACCACAGUGUGAUCCGCAAAAGUGUCCAGACAAUGCCCUUUAUGGCGCCGUUACUGCUGAAACAUGGCGACGAACUUCUGGAGCCAGUCCUUCAAUGUUCAGAAGCCCAAUGACCGAAAAUAAACAGUCACCUUCUUCGAUCAGCUCUGGUUACUUCCAACCUGUUUCCCAUCCAAACAUUAUCGGGGCAUUGGAUUCAAAUCAAGCACUUAAUAAUCCUUAUCCAUACCAACAACCUAACCCAAUUAUCACCCACGAAAAUUAUCCCACAACCCCAGAUCAUCAAUACGGCCAACCAUUGAUGCCCGACCUCACAGGAAUCAUGACGCCUGAUCUGCUAGUGACUGGAACUAGCCAACUACCAAUAGUCUCCACAGCCGGUGAUGACUGGUCCAGCUAUAUCGACUUUGAUGAGGGUAUGACAGCAAACGGAACCUAUGCUCAUUCAUUCGAUCCUUACAACCCACUUUACGGAUCCCAGAUGCAGCAACGGGGACUUGCUUCUUCCUAUUACGAAAAUGAAAGUGGUCUCGAAUCGAGGCCUGUUAGCAUGCACCCUGCUGAGCUUGCAGAAUACGAUCUCAAGUUUAUAAAUGACGGGACACAAACGAGCACAUUUAACACAAGCAGGUCUCCCAGGAAAGCGAGUAAAUCGGAGUUGAGGGCGAGGAAGUUCAUCGAAACAUUAAAGAGAUAUGUCACUAAGUUCAAGAAAACGUUCAAGGGUGGAAAGACAGUUGGAACCGGUAGAUAGAUCUGAGAUAUGAUAGGAGUUAGGGGAUGGGGAUAUGGGGCGGUACGUUUAUCAGAUAUUCAAGGCUGGGUGAUCAGAGGACAGCCUGCCAAUUGAACCACGGCUCACAACAACUACAAACUCUCACAUACAAAAUAGCAGCAAAAGCUGCCGACACCAAUACUGCGCACGCUGCCUUAACAAAUUUCGUUUCGUCUUUCAAACCCACAUACCGCAACAACCGCAAACUCAACCUAGAGAGCUAGCAUACUCGGAAAUUUUGUCAUAUUUGUAACAUAUAAUUAGGGACAUACAGGAGGUUAGAUUUGGAGCAAGGUGGCGUUACAUAUAUCUGCAUUCUACGGGCGUUAAAACGGAAAUGGACAGGGGGUAAUGGGGAAGGAGUUGAAGGAUAACUGACAUUUGACUCACAUGUUUGUUUC